AUGUCCCAGUUAUACUACAAAAAGUCGGACAACUCGUCAUACCCCGACCGCAUCCCCUUACGCAUCGUGCGGGCAGAGUCGGAGCUGUCCGCCCUGGAGAGGGCCUACCUGGGGGCCGUGGGGAAGGGCGACUACGCCACGGUGAAGGAGGCCCUGGAAGAAGCCGAGAUCUACUUCCGCAUCAACAUCGACUGCGUGGACUCACUGGGACGCACGGCGUUACUCAUCGCCAUCGAGAACGAGAACCUUGAAAUCGUGGAACUGCUGCUCAGCUACAACGUGCACGUGGGCGACGCCCUGCUGCACGCCAUUCGCAAGGAGGUGGUGGGUGCCGUGGAGCUGCUGCUCAACCAUAAGAAGCCCAGUGGUGAGAAACAGCUCCCCCCUACCCUGCUAGACAAACUGUUUUCGGACUUCACCCCAGACAUCACCCCGAUCAUCCUGGCGGCCCACACCAACAACUACGAGAUCAUCAAACUCCUCGUGCAGCGAGGAGUCUCCAUACCUCAGCCGCACGCCGUGCUGUGCGACUGCCUGGAAUGCGUGCUGAGUUUGGACGUCGACGGCCUACGCCACUCGCACUCCCGACUCAACAUUUACAAGGCGCUGGCCAGCCCCUCGCUCAUCGCCCUCUCCAGCGAAGACCCGUUCCUCACGGCCUUUCAGCUGAGCUGGGAACUCAAGGAGCUUAGCAGGGUGGAAAACGAGUUCAAGAAAGAGUACGAGGAGCUGUCGCAUACGUGUAAACAAUUCGCGAAGGACCUCUUGGACCAGACCAGGAGCUCCAAGGAGCUGGAGAUUAUCCUGAACUACCGUGAUGACAUCAACCCACUGUUGGAUGAGAACGCUAACGAUCUGGCGCGGGUAAAAUUGGCUAUCAAAUACUGCCAAAAAGAGUUUGUGGCCCAGCCCAACUGUCAGCAGCUGCUAGCGUCCCGUUGGUACGAUGAGAUCCCGGGCUGGAGGAGGCGUCAUUGGGCGGUCAAGCUCAUCACAUGUAUCCUCAUCGGCUUCCUCUUUCCACUCUUGUCCCUCUUUUACUUGAUCGCGCCCAAAAGCCGUUACGGCUUGUUCAUCCGCAAGCCUUUCAUCAAGUUCAUUUGUCACGCGGCUUCCUACUUGACGUUCCUGUUCCUGCUCCUGCUGGCGUCGCAGCACAUCGAAGCCCCGCAGCGGGACUUUCAGGGACCGGCGCCGACCGUGGUGGAGUGGAUGAUUCUACCUUGGGUCAUCGGAUUCAUCUGGACCGAGAUCAAGCAGAUGUGGGACAGCGGUUUCCAAGACUAUAUGGACGACUGGUGGAACAUUAUGGACUUCAUUAUGAACGCGCUGUAUCUCGCAACCAUCUCUCUGAAGAUUGUUGCCUAUGCAAAGUACAGCGGACAGAAACCCCGACGCAAUUGGGAAACGUGGCACCCGACUCUAAUAGCCGAAGCUCUGUUCGCCAUCGCUAACAUCUUCAGCUCCUUGCGCCUCAUCUGCCUUUUCACCGCCAAUUCCCACCUGGGCCCCUUGCAAAUCUCCCUUGGUCGUAUGCUCCUCGACAUCCUCAAGUUCCUUUUCAUCUACUGUCUGGUGCUGCUAGCCUUCGCCAACGGCCUCAACCAGCUUUACUAUUACUACGAAACUGACAUGGGCAGCAACUGCACGGGUAUUCGUUGCAUGCAGCAAAACAACGCUUUUUCAACGUUAUUCGAAACGCUUCAGUCAUUGUUCUGGUCCGUGUUCGGCCUCAUCUCCCUCUACGUGACGCGAGUAAAGCCGGACCACGAAUUCACUAUGUUUGUCGGAACCACCAUGUUCGGCACGUACAACAUCAUCUCUUUGGUCGUGCUGCUGAACAUGCUCAUUGCCAUGAUGAACAACUCGUACCAGCACAUCGCCGACCAUGCGGACAUCGAGUGGAAAUUUGCCAGGACUAAAUUAUGGAUGAGCUACUUUGAAGAGGGUGGAACUUUGCCAUCGCCAUUCAAUAUCAUACCCAGUCCCAAGUCUUUUUAUUAUCUGACGGGAUGGAUAAAAGCACGUGUGUUUCGGAGGCCAAGUUUAAAAAGACUUGAGACUUUUGAAAGUUUGGGGAGACGUGCUGCAGACAAUGUGAGACUAAACAAUGAGUAUCAGGAGGUUUUGAGGAACCUGGUCAAGCGCUACGUAGCGGCAAUGAUCAGAGACGCCAAGACAGAAGAAGGCUUGACCGAAGAAAACUUUAAGGAGCUCAAGCAGGACAUCUCCAGCUUUCGCUACGAGGUGCUAGGAAUGAUGAAGACCAAAUCCCAAGGCCGAGGCUCGGGGAUAGUAGCGAGUUCCCCUUUUGCUUACCAGGGCAACACCUUCAAAUAUUCCCCGAAAUGUUACGCGGAAGAGUCCCCACAGAGGCUGGAGGUGUUUCACCUGAACCGACCGAGCAGAAUUCCCGGCACGAGCAACAGCCCGACCGAUAGGUACUUCGAUUACGGCGGUCAGCAGAGACGCCUCAAACAGCCGUCUCAGAACUGCGCCGAAACCAAGCAGUCCUCGGAGAAAGUGGGAAAGACUUUGCAAACCGGCGGAGGACGAAAUCUAGAGCUUAAAAGUCCGAGGGUGAUCGUGGAAGUGGCGCAAGAUGUGGAGGAAGAGGCUAAGGAGAAGGAAAGUUCAUGUCAACGGUACACCGCGGGACAAUAA